AUGGUUCGCAUUCCGUCAGCCGUAUCCGAGCACCACCUGAUCAAGGGUUUCCCGCACUUAGAGGGGUGUGUUCUGUACAACAACUCUCGCAUUCCGCUACCCGUCGCACCUCCGAUCGCGGCAGAGGUGCACGCCUUCUGCGCAGCAGCGCUCCUCCUCAGCCCCUCGCCUGAGGCCCAGAGAGAUGUCAAGACAUUCAAAUCCACUGUCGAGCUCAUGAUCGAGUCUGUCGAGUUGCUCAGCGCAUUCGAUGACCUCCGUGGGGAGGUGGACGCGUGCCUAAAGAAGGUCGAGGCGAGUAGCGACAUUGAAGCCCGCCUCAACCGUCUUGAGCGCAUCGCCGAGGAAACGCUGGCCCUUGUCCGUGAGACAUCCGUCUUGACCACCGGUGGCAAAAUCCCCAAAGGUGUGCCGCUCAACGAGGCACAAUGCUACUCUUACCUCUGUACGGCGGGAGAGACUUGCUACGCACCGUGUUGCCCUCGCGGCCGCGGCCAGCCGGACGAGGCCGGCUCGAUGUGA